UCUUAAACAUCAUAUAAUUUAAUAAAAUUAUGAAUUAUCAAUAAGUUAAUGAUAAACUGUCAAUCGAUUCUCUCAUAAGUUGCUAAUUGUAUUGUAUUGUAUUGUCGAACCAACUCAUAACUCAAAACGAACCACCGAAUCAAGCUUGUUCACGAGUCUUGGAAACUGAACAAAAUUUAACUCAAACUCAAUUAAUUAGUGAAAAAUUUGAGUACCCAACAUGAUUUUUCCGAACGGAUACCGAGUCGCUUCUGCAACCCUGAUCCUAAAAGUUGGAGACAAGGCCAAAAACCUUCUUGUGCAUGCAUCCCUUCGAAAAAGCCUCGGUGGGGUUUAUUUUGCCCGCCACUUGUAGAUGUAAUAUUAAUUCGUGGCUGCGUUCAUUUAAUAGAGCUGUCUGUGUUCCCACUUUGUUUCAGUCCACAAAGGCCAAAGCCUUUCCUUUUCUUGGAAGCUUGUUUUCCCCACUUUCAGACGGGUCUCCGUUUAUGAAUAGUAGAAACAAAGCAUAUACAAUAACUCAAUAAGAUAAGUAAAUGCUUGAAUUUGUAGCCAAAGUAGGUAACGGCGGGUCGGAGGCCAAGUCCAUGAAAACGAAAAACUGACACUUAGAUCAAAUUUCGGGCCAAACUAGUUUCGGUCCACAAAACCUUUUCUUUUCUUUGAAGCCCUGUAUUCCCCUGUUUCAGACGGGUCUCCGUCUAUGAAAAAAAGGAACAAAAAUCAUACACAAUAACUCAAUAAGAGAAGUAAACGUUUGAAUUUGUAGCCAAAGUAGGUAACGGCGGCCCAGUCGGGGAAAACGAAAAUCUCAGCUGGGAAAAAGAAGAGUCCGUCUGGGUAGGUGAUAGUGGUCCAUUUUUGUCUUUUCUUUUCCUUUUUUUCUAUCUUUUUUUAUUUUUAUAUUAUCUCCAAACUUCACCUCCAUUGUUUUGGGCUAAGCAUCACAUUCACAAGCCCUUGAUGCUCUAACGCCCUCAUUGCCCUUCCAUUUUUCAUUCUCCGAGAGAGUCAGAGAGAGAUAAGUUUGUUUAAUCAUAUAAAUUGGUUGUAGAAAACAGGGGAUACAGAUUUUACAGAUCACAGUCCUUCCCCAUAUAAGUGGACCACACUCGACUCUGCACUUCCAGCGAAAAAGGAAGAGAGGAACAUAAGAAAAGAUACAAGGACGUGAAGUGUGUCUUCCUUUCCCUUAACUUCCAUUCUCAGAGUUUCUUAGGCUGCCAUGGCUUCCAGGACGGUCUCUUGGUUGCUUGCUCGUUCCAUCUCUUCUUCUGGGCCCAGAUCUGCCCUGCUCUCAAGAGGGAAGAAAUUAGGGUUGGUGAGCAGAGGAGGAAUCCACAGGUACAACAGCACUGCUGCCGCUGCUGAGGAACCCAUCACUCCACCUGUAACUGUACCACAUACUCAACUCCUCAUUAAUGGCAAAUUCGUUGAUGCCGCUUCAGGAAGAACUUUCCAAACACUGGACCCAAGAACUGGGGAACUGAUUGCUAAUGUAGCUGAAGGUGAUGCCGAGGAUGUCAAUCGAGCUGUCGCCGCUGCUCGCAAGGCAUUUGAUGAAGGACCCUGGCCCAGGCUUCCUGCUUUUGAAAGGCAAAAGAUAUUGUUGAAGUGUGCUGAUUUGGUAGAUAAGCACAACGAUGAGAUUGCAGCACUUGAGACGUGGGACAAUGGGAAGCCUUAUGAACAAGCUGCUAAAGUUGAGGUGCCAAUGUUUGCGCGGCUCUUUCGAUACUAUGCUGGUUGGGCUGAUAAGAUCCAUGGUCUCACUGUACCGGCUGAUGGACCUUACCACGUGCAAACCUUGCAUGAGCCAAUUGGGGUUGCAGGGCAGAUCAUUCCUUGGAACUUCCCUCUUCUCAUGUUUGCCUGGAAGGUUGGCCCGGCUUUAGCUACUGGGAACACCAUUGUUCUCAAGACUGCUGAACAAACACCUCUGUCUGCUCUCUAUGUGGCUAGGCUAUUCCAUGAGGCUGGCCUUCCUGAAGGUGUUUUGAAUAUCAUUUCUGGGUUUGGACCAACUGCUGGUGCGGCUCUUGCUAGCCAUAUGGAUGUCGACAAGCUUGCUUUCACUGGAUCAACUGAAACGGGAAAGAUUGUUCUGGAGCUAGGAGCAAAAAGCAACUUGAAGCCAGUCACUUUGGAGCUUGGAGGGAAAUCACCUUUCAUUGUUUGUGAGGAUGCUGAUGUGGAUCAAGCUGUUGAGCUUGCUCAUUUUGCUUUGUUCUUCAACCAGGGCCAGUGCUGCUGCGCUGGAUCUCGUACAUUCGUGCAUGAAAAAGUAUACGAUGAAUUUGUUGAGAAAGCCAAGGUUCGUGCUUCAAGACGCUCAGUCGGCGAUCCAUUCAAGGCCGGCAUUGAACAAGGCCCUCAGGUCGAUUCAGAGCAGUUUGAGAAGAUCCUGAAAUACAUAAGAUCUGGUGUCGAGUGUGGAGCUACCCUUGAAACUGGAGGUGAACGAUUCGGUUCCAAGGGCUACUACGUCCAGCCUACUGUCUUCUCUAACGUCAAGGAUGACAUGUUGAUUGCAAAAGAUGAGAUCUUUGGACCAGUUCAGUCCAUCCUGAAGUUCAAGGAUCUUAAUGAAGUCAUCAAACGAUCAAAUGCAACCCGGUAUGGGCUGGCAGCAGGUGUGUUUACGCAGAACAUAGACACCGCCAACACCUUGAUCAGGGCGCUUAGAGUUGGGACGGUGUGGGUGAACACGUUUGAUAUCUUUGAUGCCGCGAUCCCCUUUGGUGGGUACAAGAUGAGCGGUCAUGGGAGGGAGAAGGGUAUCUACAGUCUUAGCAAUUACUUGCAAGUGAAGGCAGUUGUUACUCCCUUGAAGAACCCUGCAUGGCUAUAGUUUGCAGCCUGGAUUUGAGGGUCGGUGGGGGAAGGGGGAGGUUGUUUCUCCUCUGUGUCCAUUCCCCUUCUUCUUGCCUGGUAAUUUGAGUGGACAUGAUGACGAUGAUGAUAAAAGAUGAAGAUGGUCGCCGUGAAGAAUACUGUCGUUUUUCUCUCUUUAUUUUGUGUUGGUGGUUGUCAUCUACUUUUUUUUUUUUCUUUUUGGAGGGAGCCUCUACUCUAGCCUUGAUUGUUUACUUUGGGAUUUUCACUUUAACAUGUCAUACGGCCUUCUGUACCAAAAGCUCUUUUCUGCUUUUCAUGGUAAUCACCUGAACUGAAUCUAUGAUUCGAAUAAUUAGAAGGCAAAGUGCUUGCCUUUGAAAGUGGAACUCUUUUCCAGAUUAGCCCCUUUUCCUCGUUCAAUGAUGCAAGGAUUUUAUAGCUCAAGAACCAGGAGAGCUAAAAAAAACCAGCACCGUGAAUCAGUCACACACCCUGUCUGUAUAAAAACUCCCUUGGCCAACAGCAAAACAGAGUAACUGUAAUCUAUCAAACCUCUAUCAAACACAAAACUAGAUAAUGCAGUUGGAUUUUGUGGUGGUGUGAAUGAAAAUGAAGGGAAGAGAGUUAAAGUAGCUCAAAGGAGCUAAAAAAAGGCUCAUUUAUACAAUCUUGCAAGUCUUGCAAUAUUGUUUCCACCUGCUUUGUCUUUUAUAUUUGGUCAACUAGAUUCAGUUGUUAUAUUCCCUACUGAUGAGUUUUGGAUUUUUCAAAGGUACGUCUAAACAUGGUAGUUUUUCAAAGGUGCAUCUAAACAUGGUAGUUUAAGGAAAAAUAAUGUACACUAUGAGCUCAUGCAUGAUGUUUGUAAUUUUGUGACAUUCUGUGUGUCUAUAUAUAUAUAUAUAUCUUUAACAAGUUUAGUAAUGAGUAUAACGGCCCUAUUGUUCCGAUGGAGAGAAGAACCUAUGAUUAGCUUUUCGGGAAAACCAAGAUUUGCUUUAUCCGGUAUCAAACGAGAGCUGCGGGCAAAUAGAACUCCUUUUAGGAGUAUCAAAUACCGUCACAUGAAUGAAAACUUCAUUCUCGAUUCUACGAGAAUUUUUAUGAAAGCCUUUCAUUUGCUUCUCUUCUAUGGAAGUUUUAUUUUCCCAGAAUGUAUCCUAAUUUUUGGCGCCCAAGUGGUUUGGCCAAUAGUGGGUCAAGAAAAUAUUAAAUGGUGAUGUGGGUGGAGGUUUCCGAGGAAUCCAAAUAACCUCGGGUUUUUCCCAGAUUUUUAUAUAUAUAUAUAUAUACACUAACACUUUGCCCGGCCAAUUGGCCGGUCGAAUAAAUCAUUUUUCAUCUU